AGUGGUCCCUGGAGUAAUGGCCGGGUGAGAAAACAUCAAGGGAUCCACAAGUGGAAGGUGGCAAAGUGAGGAGGUUAGCUAGUAAAAUGCAUAGACUGUAAUACAUAAUGGAACGUCUCCAACUGAAACUCCCGUCUAACAAUCGCGCACGGCGGCAUGCGAACGAAAACGCAAAUCGCACGCGAUUGCAGCGCAAAUGUGCAUCGGAAACUACAACUAGUGUACGAUCGUCGGUCGCUUCAGACCUGGUGGUGUUGGCUUUGAUGACGGAGUAUGAAUGACUGCUGCAUCCGGGUAGGCACGGAUCUGGAAGAGUGAUGUUGGAUUGGCGC